AUGCCUUUCAAUGCGUUGACCGUUGGUGCUGCGGUGGCACCCACUGUCCUUUCGACACUACUCUCUCAUUAUACAAAUCGCAAAGCCUAUCGAAAGAAACAUGCCGCACGCAUUUCUUAUCACGAAGGCCUGGAUAUCGUUCGUCGCUUUCUCUAUUACUCUUCUCUCCAUACCGUUGAAGACCUGCAGUCGUUUACAUCGCAGAGGGUUCCUUACCCCAGAUGGAUAAACGUUGAUGCAGUUGUAAUUCCCGAGGAUCAUGUCGCAGCGGCAGCCGACCUCCUUAUUAUCCAAUUGGGACCAGACGGCCUGUCGCGGGUUGGGGGCAGCAAGUGGUGGCAGUGGCGCGGGAGUAAACGCACUCUCCAAGGGGAGUGGAUAGAGACGGUGCGUGAUUUAGCAGCCCGGCAGCGGCAGGGUACUCAUUGCAAUCGAAUAAUGCUCUACAUUCAUGGAGGAGCAUACUAUUUUGGCAGCUUGAAUUCCCAUCGAUAUCAGAUACAGAGACAUGCAAGGAAACUGAGGGCUAGAGUUUUUGCUCGUAAGUCUAUUACCACCUUAUACCUAAGCUCGGCAUACCGGCUAGCUCCACAGUUCCCUUUCCCUUGCGGGCUGCAUGAUUGCCUCGCAACAUAUCUUUAUCUGCUAAGCAGAUACAAGUCUUCUGAAAUUAUAAUAGCUGGUGACUCUGCAGGGGCUGGAAUGGCCCUGUCCGUUUUGGUUACAAUACGCGACCAAAGACUGCCGUUACCCGCCGGAGCAAUACUAAUCUCUCCUUGGGUUGACUUAACGCAUUCCUUCCCAUCGGUGUCCGGGAAUGGGGACGGGGACUACAUUCCCCCUUACGGUUUCAUGCACCGCCCAUCUAAGUCAUGGCCUCCCCCUAGCGCGGAUGAGCUGGAUGAAAUCGUGAGAGUUGAACGAACUGCCCGAGCAAAACGGCACUUGCCUGCUUCAAGCGCUACUCCAAAUAGGAUUGAGGACAGCCAAACUUCUGUCCGGCGGUCCCCUGGACACGCGCCAUCUGUACGUAGUUGGAAAAGUUCAAUGGGACGUCGAUCGUUCUCUUCAGUUAGUGAGAAUUAUGAUAUAUUCCCUAAUCAAGCCAGCUGCUUGGAGAUCGAGAUCGACGGGAAAGUCGUUGAAAUAAAAGACCAGAUCCACAUGUACACCACAAACGAGUUGCUAUCCCAUCCACUUGUUUCUCCUGUUCUUCAGCCUUCCCUGGGUGGCUUACCGCCAAUGUUUGUCCUUUCAGGAGGCUCGGAGCUGCUUCGUGAUGAACAGAUUUACCUGGCUCACAAAGCUACCGAUCCACAUUCCUUCCUACCAAGCGAGGAAUAUCUUAACGUUCACGACCCACACCGCAAUGCUGUCAAUGGAUAUCCACCAACAUUCGUUCAGCUCCAAGUAUGGGAUGAUGUUUGCCAUGUGGCCCCUACCCUCAGUUUCACACAGCCAGCCAAGUAUAUGUUUCGAUCAAUAGCCCAAUUCGGCGCUUGGGCACUGGCUCGAGCCCAGCAGACAGGAGUCGAAAUUCCUAACCAGGUAUCGGAAAUUUCGUCCAGAGAUGUUGACACUCCAUAUUCGGCGACACAAGGCCGCAUGUCACCCAGUCCAUACUCGGGUUUCACCAAGAUUGGAAAGGCUGGCGAUCCUCUCCCGCCUUUCCAGGACUACAUGAUCCGCCAACGGGUUGAUAUAGAUGGCAACAUAUAUCCCUUGGCAGCAAAAGCUUAUCUUACCGCAUUGCAUAUAACUCCUGAAGAUAUUGGCAUCCCUAAACCGGGACCAGUCCGGAAAUGGCUGAGAGCCAAGGAGGCGUGGGAUAGAGCCUUUUCGAAGGAAAAAUCAGCCUGUCAGCAACAGAGGCUCGAGGAGAUUAUGCAGAGGAUUGGUGUAUUUCGGCUUGGAGAAUUCCCCCCACCAUGCGCAUUGGCAUCAAGGAAGGAUAUUUCUGUAGCAUAUGAAGAACAGGAACACAAGAAGAACCACGCGAUGUGGUUCUGGAGUCUUCUAUCAUCCAAAUAUGACACGAAGACCAUGGAGAACGAAAAAAUUAUGAUGGGGAUGGCGUACCAGGAGGGCAGACGACCUUCUGUUAGGUCUUCUCUCCGGAAGAAAUUACUGCCACAUGAAACGGAAACGGAGAAACGCCAUCUUCCAGCAAACCAUGCCAACGCUGACCCUUCUGGCCAGCCACUGGUGAUACAGCCCAUUGAAUCCCAGCCAGGAUUCGCUGACCAUUCUUCUAAGUUUAUGGACGACUCUGGAGCUGCGGGACAGUCUUCACCAGAAUACACAGAUGACGCAAGCGCCGUAAAGGAUGGGAAAGGGUUCAUCUCUCCCAUCCCCACUGCUGAACGACCGGAUACAAAUUCCAAAAAUCCGUUUGAACAGAAGUCCCCAAAUGGUACCGCAUCCAGUGCCUCAAUUAUUCCCAUCCAGAAUGGCAUACAGGAUAGCGGCGGCAGUCAAACCAGAAAGGAAGGUCAUGCUUUUCGACGAGUUGUUGAUCACAGCCAGCUUCUUGAAAAAUGCAAGGAAGGGAUUGGUCGCGUUGCAAGUGUGAGUGAACCAAAGGUACGGCCUUUUUUGGAAGAGAAUGGAAAACCUAAUGUGUGA